CGCCUCCCUCCCCGGCCGCCCCUGCUCGUGCCCCGCGCGUGAGCACGCCUGCGCGCGCCCGGGCCCUUCCUGGCAGGCGGCGUGUAAGACGAGUGAGGACGCGGGCGGGGAGCGCGAGGGGAGCGCGGGCGCUGAGCGGCGCUCACUUGCAGCGCGGCGGGCGAGCGGGACGAGCCGCUCCAUGCCCCUCGCUGCCUCCCUGCCCGGCGCGCGAAGAUGAUGGCCAUGAACGCCAAGCAGCCGUUCGGCAUGCACCCGGGGCUCCAGGAGCCCAAGUUCUCCGGCCUGCACCCCGGCUCCGAGGCCAUGCGCCGCGUCUGUCUCCCGGCCCCGCAGCUGCAGGGUAAUAUAUUUGGAAGCUUUGAUGAGAGCCUGCUGGCGCGCGCCGAAGCUCUGGCGGCGGUGGACAUCGUCUCCCACGGCAAGAACCAUCCGUUCAAGCCCGACGCCACCUACCAUACCAUGAGCAGCGUGCCCUGCACGUCCACUUCGUCCACCGUGCCCAUCGCCCACCCGGCCGCGCUCACCUCGCACCCGCACCACGCCGUGCACCAGGGCCUCGAGGGCGACCUGCUAGAGCACAUCUCGCCCACGCUGAGCGUGAGCGGCUUGGGCGCCCCCGAGCACUCGGUGAUGCCGGCGCAGAUCCACCCGCACCACCUGGGCGCCAUGGGCCACCUGCACCAGGCCAUGGGCAUGAGCCACGCGCACGCCGUGGCGCCUCACAGCGCCAUGCCCGCCUGUCUCAGCGACGUGGAGUCCGACCCGCGAGAGCUCGAGGCCUUCGCCGAGCGCUUCAAGCAGCGGCGCAUCAAGCUGGGGGUGACCCAGGCGGACGUGGGCGCGGCUCUGGCCAACCUCAAGAUCCCCGGCGUGGGCUCUCUCAGCCAGAGCACCAUCUGCAGGUUCGAAUCCCUCACGCUGUCGCACAACAACAUGAUCGCGCUCAAGCCCGUGCUGCAGGCCUGGCUGGAGGAAGCCGAGGCCGCCUACCGAGAGAAAAACAGCAAGCCGGAGCUCUUCAACGGCAGCGAGCGGAAGCGCAAACGCACGUCCAUCGCGGCGCCCGAGAAGCGCUCGCUCGAGGCCUACUUCGCCAUCCAGCCGCGGCCCUCUUCCGAGAAGAUCGCGGCCAUCGCCGAGAAACUGGACCUUAAAAAGAACGUGGUGAGGGUCUGGUUCUGCAACCAGAGACAGAAACAAAAACGAAUGAAGUACUCGGCUGUCCACUGACUGCGGCGGGCCUCGGCGUCGGGUCGGGAGGGCCGCGUGUGCGUCCCCCCGGAGCGGGGCGGAGGCGGUGAUGGGGGACAGGUCAGGCUCCCCCCCCCCCGAGGCCGCAGACUUUCUCCUUUAUCCCACCUGGUGGCCUCCGGCCUUCUCUUUCUCUUCUUUCCCUUCUAUUUCUACCAGAAAAGUUUUGGCGCUAAGAAAAAAGUCACGCAGGGCCAGGCUUGGAGGGACUGCUGUCCGUGGUGCUGAAAACCACCCUCGAGGGCCGGACUGCGCAAUCCAGGGCAGGAGCCCAAAUGCACGG